AUGCGGCGGAGCGCGGCGGCGUGCUGGGCGCUGGUGCUGCUGGCAGCCACCUUCUGCGACACGGUGGCCGGCAAAGGUGGGCGCGGCGGCGCCCGGGGGGCGGCCCGCGGCGCGGCGCGGGGGGCGGCCCGCAGCCGGCCGAGGGCGGCCGUGCCCCGGUACGGCUCCGCCGGGGCGGCCCUGCGCGUGGCGGGGGCGGCGGCGGCGGGAGCGGCGGCCGGCGUGGCGGCGGGGGCGGCCCUGCGCCGGUCCCGGCUCUCCGGAGAGCUGCAAGCGGGAGACGGCGUCGAGUACCGCGACGGCAACUGGACGGCGGCCGCCAGCGCCUGGACCUCCGCGGCGCCGGCCGGAACACCGCCGGGCCGGGCGCUGCCCUGGCUCUGCCCGCUGGCCGCCCUUCUCCGCCGGUGA